AUGAAGACGUCGUUCCUGCACGAGGACGACGAGCGGAAUGUCCUCUUAAUGCCGGCCUGGAAACGACGUGAUGGACAAGAAAUAUUUUAUGUGGUCCAUGCAAACUAUGCCGUCACUCGAGAGGCGUACAUUGAUGGCGUUAAGUUGGGUACACAAUACGCUGGCGAGCUCAGAUCCGUUGAUUUUGAGCCUCAGCUCCUCUUUGUCAACUAUCUACCUGUGGAGGACCCUGUACGUCGUCUAUAG